UCCAUAGAUGCUGCCGCACCUGCUGAGUUUCUCCAGCACUUUUGUCUACCUGUAGUCAGGAUGGAACCCAGGUCUUUGGCGCUGUGAGGCAGCAACUCUACCGCUGCGCCAUCGUGGCUCCCUUGCUAGUGGACUCCCACAAAACAUUCCUGGAUGCCUUCUUUAAAAAUCAUUGAAACAUAGCAAAUAGUGAAAGGCCUGGAUAGAGUGAAUGUGGAGAGGAUGUUUCCACUACUGGGAGAGUCCAGGACCAGAGGGCACAGCCUCAGAAUAAAAGGACGUAUCUUUAGAGAGGAAAUUCUUUAGUCAGGGGGAUCAUAUAUUCUAGGAUCAGAAUUAGGCCAUUUGGCCCAUCAGAUUUACUCCGCCAUUCAAUCUUGGCUAAUCUGUCUCUCCCUCUCAAACCCAUUCUCCUGCCUUCUCCCCAUAAACCCUGACACCCGUACUAAUCAAGAAUCUGUCAAUCUCUGCCAUAAAAAUAUCCAAUGACUUGGCCUCCACAGCUGCCUGUAGCAAUAUCAGCCAUGAUUGAAUGGUGGAGUAGAUUUGAUGGGCCGAAUGGCCUAACCCUGCUCCUGGAACGUAUGAAGUAAUGAACCUUCGGACUAAAGAAAUCCCUCCUCAUCUCCUUUCAUUCUUUUAUUCUGGUGCUGUGUGCUCUGGUGUUUAGGGUUGUCAAAUUUCUCACUCCCAAAUAAGGGAGAAAAGGUCAAAAUACGGGACAAAUUCCCAACGGCAAUUCGUUGACAGACUCGGCCGUGGCUGGGUGGAAUGAUGAGUUGGACCAGGUGCUGAACUGCGCACAAAGCCCAGCCAGCAGGCCAGCUGAGGAGUAUCGGCCCGGGCACCCCGUCCAGCUCAUCCACCGAUGAUCGGCCAUGAGAAGGAGUCAGUGGUGUCGGCGGUAAGCGAAGGUUCGAAGGACGGACAGCCGGCUGGGCUGCCGACCGACGGGGCUACGGGCGAGGCGCUGCUGCUGCUGCACUCCAUGGGCUGCACUACGUCGGGAUGGGUGAGGUGGGACCGGACGCGACGCUCCGACACAACAAUCCCCUCGACCCGAGUGGUAGCGGUCAAAUACGGGACAAGGGCGGUCCCGUACGGUCAAACCAAUUUAGCCCAAUAUACGGGAUGUUCCAUCUAAUACGAGACAGUUGACAAUCCUACUGACCAGACAAAAGUGCUGGAGAAACUCAGCGGGUGCAGCAGCAUCUAUGGAGCGAAGGAAAUAGGCAAAGUUUCGGGCCAAAACCCUUCUUCAGACUGAUGUAGGGUGGGGAGAAGAAAGGAAAAAGCUGUCUACCUUCGAUUUUCCAGCAUCUGCAGUUCCUUCUUAGACAAUCCUCCUGAUUCUAGACUCUCCCACUAGUAGAAACAUCCUCUCCACACCCACUCUAUCCAAGCUUUUCACUAUUCGGUAAUUUUCAAUGAGGUGUCCCCUCAUCCUUCUAAACUCCAGCGAGUACGGGCCCAGAGCCGACAAUAUCCUCUCAAUAUUGCAGGGACCUGCCUUGACCUGCGUUUCUGCCUGGCCGUCUGCAAAGGGGAGAACUUCCUGAGGGUGUGGAACCUCGCCUCCAGGAUAAAUGACCAGUCCCUGGCCAUCAGCACCAGUAACAUGAAGAGUGCUGACGGGAUCGUGGACAUCAACCCCAUGAAGAACAACUCCAGCUAUGUUGUGUGUAGGAGCUUAAACUCGGAAGUGAUAUCCAUCUGGAACGUAAGAAAAGCCAAGUACAAGGGGCAGGCAGUCCAGCUGGAGAGAGGUCUUGUCGACGGCACUAACAUUGCACUGGUGAGAGACACCAAGCUCUACAUCCUGUCUGACAAGGGCAUGGCCAUUCACUCUGAAACUCCCAGACCCAUCUUCCAGACUCUAUUGAUCUACGAUCUAGUGAAGAAAAAAUACACAACAAAGUUGACUGACCUUCAUAUUAUCCCUUGCCUUAAACACGAAUACAGAAUCCUGGCAUCAGAACAGCUCUUGGGAUUAUCUGAAUACAGAGAUCACCUUGUUCUCUGGAACCUGAAGACUGGAUUUAUACAGGAACGGGUCCGGCCCAACUACAAAGACCAGUUUUGCCCGUUAAAUGGCCUCCCUUCCCACUCAAACUAUGACUUCUACAAUGAGCAUCUGACCACGAGAAAGAGAGGAGGGGACUCGGGUGGUUUGUCAGAGUUCAUGACUCCGUGGGAGAAACGCACAGAGACCAAGACUGCGCAGAGGAGAAGGCUGGAUAAGGAGAUGGAACGGGAAAUCACUACCCUAAAGCAGUUCUGUAAAGAAAAAUCCAACCCCAUCGAUCAGUACCUGCUGAGUGGGAAUGACAAGGUGGUCGUCUGCUCUUACUUUGCACAUCAUCUGGCUGUCUUUAACUUGGAGACGGAGACCCACACACACACCCUGGAGGACAGGGCCUCCAUGUUGUUCUUGCACUGUGCAGCUCUGACUGACGGUGGCGGCCAUCUUGUGCUGCCAAACUAUAAUGACGAGGACAAGGUCAGCUACGUCACCCUGUGGGACCUGUGCACUGGCAAGGUCCGAAAACGCCUAAAGAAUGAACCGAAUGUGUGUUGCACUGCCAUAACUAACUCAGCGGACCGCAUCGUCCUGGGCAUUGCAGAGACAAACAGACUGAAGGUGUGGGACCCAUUCAGAAAAGGGCACAAGACCAUCCCUGGUUACAAAAACCUUAACUUUGGAACAAACAAUUCUGUACAUUUGACAGAUGGUGGAUCAAAGGCUAUAGUUCUAGCAGGCGAUGUGAGUGUGUGGGAUUUAGAUGGCGGGAACGUUCUGUCAGUUUUUACCCCUGAUAGCACCAUUGCAACCAUGACUCUAGCAGCUCAGAGCAACCUCAUCCUACUGACAAUGAGCAACCACCAUGUCCUCAUCACCUUAGCACUGACGCCAAAGAAUAAACUGCGACUAGCUUCAGGAGGAGAUAUGUUUGGAGAAGCGUCUAGUAGCAGCAGCAGCGAAGAUGAAUCAAAGCCACUGGAUCAACCACAUCCAAGUGGAAACUGAAAUCUAGUUGGAACAAACAUGAUCCAUCAAAAUAAGAGACGCUGUGUUCAUCUUUAUUGUCACGUGUACCAAGGUUUUUUUUUGCGUGCUAACCAGUCAGCGGAAAGACUAUACGGGACUACAGAAGUCUAAAGAAGGAAGGGUCUCGACCCGAAACGUCACCCAUCUCAGUUCAGUUCAGUUUUAUUUGUCAUAUGUAGGUGAACACAAGGUCAACAGUACAAUGAAAUGUUUUUGACAAGACAACGGGUCACCUCAGCAAUGAUAUUACAGGGAUAAAAUUAAGGUUAAAAAACAGAUAAAAGUGACAUUGGUAGAUAAAAGACA